UCAACGUUAUGAAUUAUAUUUACCAUCGUAGUAUUCUGUUCAAAAUGGUAGCAUUGUCGUGUGAUUACAUAAAAGAAAUAGGUCAGAGUUUACUUUAUCGGAAUUUCAUCAGAUAGUUUUUAGAGUCUUGAUAAACGAAUCCUGUGCUGAUCAGUGGCUUUGAUCAAGAACAAAAUAAAAGUGUGAUCACUGAUAAUAUAACUCCCGUAGUUAGUAAACUUUAAAUCACUUGUUAAUUCCAUGAGAGCAUUUAGUUGGACAUCGUUACAUGGUAAUUAAUAUUGAUUAAACAAAGGAAGCGAUCAAGCUCUGAUUAACGACUGGCCUUAUCCUGCGAUAAAAUUUAUUUUAACAAUAUUAGAGGAUUUUUUUACGAUAGUUAUUUUGUUAAACACUACAGUUCAGACAGAUAUGAAUGAAUGACAACUUUGGGACUCGCUUUUAUAAUGGAGAGACAACUGAAGAAGACACUUAAAAUUGUAGUUUUAGGUGAUAAAAACACAGGAAAAACAGCAUUGACGGUGCGCUUUCUUACUGGGAAAUUUAUUCAUGAAUAUGUCACGGGAGAAGACUUGGUGUAUCCACACACAUUAAACAUGGCGUCUGGAGAUGUGAAAAUCAAAAUCUUAGACACAUCUAAAAGUAACAUAUCAAGUUGCAUCGUUGAUGCUGAUGGUAUCAUUAUCGUAUAUGCUAUCAAUGACGUAAAAAGCUUCCGAAGAGCAAAAGAAUUGUGUUUACAUAUUAACGUCAUAACCAGCAGCAAUCUACCUUGCGUGGCUAUCGUAGCUAAUAAAUCAGAUCUAUGGCACUACAGAAAUGUGAUGCGUUCUGAUGGCGAAUAUCUCGCCAAGAAACAAAACUGCAAGUACUUUGAACUAUCUGCUUUAACUGAUAGAGAAGGCGUAGACAGAAUGUUCACAGUUUUAGUGAAACUAAUUCACGAAAAACUUUUAUAUGACUUGAAAAGUAGCUCUGUAAUAUUAUUAGAAGGACCGCCACCUGAUGACUUUGAAGGAAGAAGAAGAUCAAGAUCUCUUCAGUUACCUCCGAAAGAGAAGAAACAUCUUGCUCACAAGAGUCCUGUGAUCUUACGCAAAAUCCUAAAAUCUUGGAAUAGUUCUUCUCUUAGCCGUUCAAAAUCUACUGACAAGUUAAAUUUUUGAUUUCAUAUUGAAAACAAAACUUGGAAUAGUUCUUCUCUUAGCCGUUCAAAACUACUGACAAGUUAAAUUUUUGAUUUCAUAUUGAAAACAACAGUCGGCGUGGAAUAAAUUAUGCAGUUGAAAAAAAUUGCUUCGAAUAUGACGUCACACCUUGAAUGUUAACGAAAGCGGCAAUAAUUUAACCAAAGAAAAACACAGAAGUCUUAUUUCUACAAUUUCCUGCAAAAGCAAAGGAGAUUAUAACAGUAGAAACAAAAUGAAAUUAAGAAGGAUAAUCUGAGACAAACUCUGUAGACUUUAUUUUAAUAAGUUCUGUUGUGAAAUGUUAAUCUGAGAUUUAUAAAUAUUUCUUGUGCAGCACUAUGUCAAAGUAUUAAAAAUAACAUUUCGCUGACUUCAGCAACAUCAUGCCCAUGUACAUUUUUGUUUAUGAUCAAAAUCAUGACAA